GCUGGGGGAGUUGGUAUCAGAUUCUUCAUGGAGAUUCAAAAAUUGUUUUCCAUGAAAAUGUGGUGGAAUUAUCAAGAAAGGAUCAAAGACUGUGGGCUAAAUUAAUGCACAUGAGAUAUCACAAUUGAACUCCUGUUGAUAUUAAGCUUACAGAUUCGCAUGUGUCGAAGGCUAAAUGGAAUCAACUUGGAAGUAGAAAAGUUGGUUGGUAGAGAAAAUAACAAACUUAAUGGCUGCCCUCGAAGGGUGGUUAUUCAGUGAAAUCAGCCUAUGAAGCUUUGCACAAGAGUCCUGGAUCAUCCCUUUCACUAUCCUUUAUUUGGCACUCUAAACAGGCAGCUAAAGUUUGCAUCUUUCUUUGGAGGUUAUGGUAUGGAUGUCUCCCCUUCCCGGCUAAUCUAGUAAGAUUUCAGCGGUUUUCCCAUCUAUGUGUCCAUUCCGUCGAAACGAUGAUGCAUAAGAAAAUCAUGUUCUUUACAAAUGUAGUCACGCAGCAAAAGUUUGAAAGCAUUUUGCAUGCUUACUACUGAGAGAUUGGAAAAAUGAGUCUAGGCUUAAUUAAGGUUUCUUCAGAUAGUGGCUUAAGAGUAAUAGGAAAACAAUAGAUGGCAAUUACAUGGUAGUACCACCAGGAGUUAUUACAUGGUUUUUAUGGAAGUGUUACUGCUCAGCUACCUGGGGAAACGAGGAGUUUGAUGAUAGUAGAAUUGUUAACCAGAUCAGGUAAUAUAUGUUGGCAUGGUGCAUGGCUCAUGACAUACUAAGUGAAGCUGGGGCUUUAAGGCAUGCAGGUCUUAUUCCGGCACACGCUUUCAUUAAAAGAUCGUUUGUUCAAAGAUGGAGUAAACCGGGAGAGAAGUCCGCUAAGCUAAAUAGGGCUCUAUUCAGAAGGACAAUUAGAAUCUCAAGUGGGGUUAUACUUAGGAACCAUCAUGUUAAGGUGAUCAAGACAUCUUUUAUCUAUUCCCUUGAGACAGCUGAUCAGUUGGAAGUUUUAAACAAAGCUACUCUGUGGUGUUAUAAUCUUAAUACAGAUAGGUGGAGAUAGAUAUCACUUCUAAACAUUAUCAGAACUUGAAAGAGAACACGAAGCCUAAGUGGAAGCAGAAAUGGUUAUUUCGUUCAGGUCGAUUCAUAAACAUUCGAAUGCUGCAACUAUUCUUCUUUCCCAAGCUUCAAUAUCAGAAGAUAGGAUCUUCAAGGAUGGAACUCAACUUUUAGCUCAGGUACUUGGUGCAAUUAAAUUGGCUCUGAAGGAAUUCCCUAUGUGUGCAUGUGAGUAUUGCUUCGUAAGGUGGGCUUGUAAUCGCAUGAGUCCUAAACUUUUGGUGCUUUGCACAAACAUUAGUUUAUUUAUACCACUUCGAGAGAGGUUUAUUUCUAAUAUCCUGAUAAAUGCUCUCCAACAUUUAGAGGUCGUUUGGCAACAUUGUUUUUCGGCUUAUCAGCCAGCUUUUUCACCAAACACGUAUUUUUGCUUUCGCGCGCUGAAUUGUGUAAUAAGCAGAAAAAGUAAGGUUAGAGACUUAGAGCCCGUUUGGUAGCACCAAAAUCGGCUGUUUUGGCUGAUUCUGCUGAAAUUUAUGAUAUUCUGGCUGGAGUGGCUGUUUUGGCUGAUUCUGCUGAUUUAAGAAAAAAAUAUUUUAAAAAUAUAUUUUAUUAAUAAAUUAAAGAAAAAAUUAUAUGUAAAAAUAGCUAAAAUGGUCCUCUACAGUAACUUCAGCCAAUACAGUCAGAAAAGUAACUCCAACCUUACUUUUUCGGCUUAUUACACAAUUCAGCGCGCGAAAGUAAAAGUUACGUGUUUGGUGAAAAAGCUGGCUGAUAAGCCUGAUAAGCCGAAAACAGAG